GAGCAUGCGAAUGACCGUGGAGAACGCCACCAGAUCACGUCUGUGCGUUUUCUCACCGGAAUGGAAUAGACCGAAAGUAGAUGCCAAACAGGGAGAUGAUAGUUGAUCAGCGUGCAUGCGAUGCAAGGUUGGCUGCCACCCGAACUCUUGGCAGUAUCGAGGAGAGGUCGUGUGUGUGUGUGCGUGUGCGCGUGUGCACGCAGCAAUGCGAUACAAACAGCAGAUGAAGGCCGAUAAGGAAAUGAAGGGAAAGGGCGCAGCUCAAAUCGACUCCACCGAUGCGCCGGUUCGCUCUCGGGAGGAGGCCGAGGAUGUUUUUAGAGUUUGUGAAUAGGCAACGGACUGGACGCAGGCUGACAAAAAAAGAGUCCGAAGUUUGGAGCAUCCGAAGGGAGGAACUAACCAGGCACACAUCAUGAACGACUCGGAGAAAACCAAGGACAACCCGCCAAAUGGGGAUUUUGACCAACCCGGGCCACUCAAACCUUCAACUCGCCUCUGCCUGAACACGUUGGACUUCACGGACCUCUGGGAUGAGGAAGAUCUGGAAGCAGACGGUACAGAAGAAGAAGAAGGAACCAACUCAGGAAGCAUCUCUUACAAGGAGGGGUUCUGUGGCGUCUUGGCACCUCCACCACCCCCUCCUCUUGACCCCCUCAUCUUCCUGGGCUCGCCCAAGAGAGCUGCUGAUAAAAGCGCUACCCUGAAGCUCCACUGGCGGGCACUCCAGAGUGUGGCUCCGCUCCGCAGGGCGACUCGCUUCGGGACUCGGACCAUCUGGACGGCGCUCGAGCCGGUCCGUUUGGAUACGAAGCGGCUGGAGUUCCUGUUUGAAUGGAAGGGCAAGAGCACUUGCUUGAGUGUUGCUUGUGGACAGCGGAAGCAAACUUCAGUCUCAGUGUUGGGGAUGAAGAGAAGUAACAUCAUCACCAUCACCCUGAGCGGCCUGCCUCCCCCCCGCCUGCUCCCGCCCGCCAUAUACGGCAUGGACGGCAGCGUGCUAGACCGAGAGGACAUUCAGCGGCUUCAAACGCUUAUCCCGACGGAGGAGGAGCUUCGUCUGAUCAAGGAGGCCGAGGCUCAGAACCCAAACUCCCAUCUGGCUCCGGCUGAGCUCUGCCUACUGGCUUUGGGGGAGAUCCCGCACCUGAGCUCAAGACUUGGGCUGUGGGCCUUCGUGCUAGAUUACGACUCCUUAGAGCAGGAGAUCGCCAAGCCUCUCUUCUACCUGAAGCAAGCCAUGGAGCAGCUAGUAGGCAGCCAGACCUUCAGACACGUUCUAGCAACGGUGUUAGCCAUCGGUAACUUUCUCAACGGAUGUAAGGCCCGCGGUUUCGAGUUGAGCUACCUGGGCAAGCUAUCUCAAGUGAGGGACACGCGUUCUCGCCAACCUCUUCUACAUCACGUCUGCGUGCUUCUCCUGCAGCUCUACCCGCAGUCCUCGGACCUCUACUCGGACCUGACGACACUGAGCAAAGCUGGCAAGUGUGACUACUCCCUGGUCCUAGCUAACCUGGACCACCUCGAGGCCUUGUCCAAGGGGUCAUGGGAGCAAAUGAGGAUUUUGGAUAAAGCGGAGGAAUGGAAAUGGUCAAAUGGGGAGAAGAGGCGACUUGUCGGAGGAGGCGAAAGCCUGGGGCUCGACGGCGCACUCCGUCACAGGCUGCCAAAUCUUCUGAAGGAGUGUGAGGACAGGACCAAGGUCCUGAGAGCCGUACACCGUAGGGUUGUCAACAGGUUCCAUUCAUUCCUGCUGUUCCUGGGGUACUCCAAAGCAAUGGUGCGAGAAACCAGAGCUGAGGACUUCUGUAGGACCAUAAGUAACUUCUCUCUGGAGUUCCGGGCUGCUCGGCAGACUGUCCUCCUUCAGAAAGAGCGUGCCGCGAGAAGCCCAGCUCCGAACACUCCUGCAAGAAGGACCAACAAAUGUCAUCCCUCUCAGGCGCAUGAAAGCCAGCAGCACUGCAUGCUGGAGGAGGUGCUGAGAACGCCGGAGCCCACCUCCGGGCUGGACGUGACUCGGCCUCUGCGACGCAGGAGAACGCCAAACAUCCGAGGUCCAGCGCUGACCCUGCUGAUGAAAAGCGAAAAGCUAAAUACAAGUAUUAAAACAGAUAGCUGUUGACAUACAAACUUGUGUUAUUUUAAAUUAAAUCACAGCAUCCUCUGCUGGUUUUUGGGGGGGGAGCGAAAGACGGGCACAGUGUGUUUGUGUUUGGCACGCACACUGGCCAGGGUAAGAUGAGACCGACCAAUCGACGAGAGAGACACGUGACCAACUUUGAUUAUUAUUAUUAUUUUUCUUAAGCUGGUGGUCAGUAUUUUUUACCAGGGAUUUUCUCCAUUUUUUUGUGGCCACUUUCAAUCCAUGUACGUACUUUACAUUUGCAUCCAAACUGAUGGAGUUGCUCAGAUGAAUGUGGCUGGAAAGGAACAAAACAAGCCAACGAAGAAGAAGAGCAAAAACGAUCAGGAGCGCGCCGAUGACAACGGGACAACUUUGAUAUUGUUUUGGUCCCUCGUGACAAAUUCACUUGCUUAUAUACAAGGAAAAAAGAAAAAAGACAGGACGCCGCUGAACCGUUCACCGUCAUUUCCAUCAAUUUAUGAUUUUGUCAGUGUUUAAUUUUAAAAUAUAGUUUGAGUUGUAUGACUGGUAUUAG